UAAAACUACAAGCGUGUCACAGUCAUUAAAGUGAUCUUGUAAUGAAAAAGUGUUUUUUCUGCACCCUAUAACUUAGCUUACUAAAUUUAAAAACGAACUAAAUUAUAAAAAGCUAUAAAAAUGCAUAAAAAAGUGAUAUGUUUGGUUUUCAUCAUUGUUGCCAUUGUCAGUGUACAAUCCUAUCCACAGUUUUGGAAAAUGAAUACUAUGAGUGAGAAAGACAGAUUUAUAUUGGAUGUGAAAAGUACCAUGUCAGCUGGUAUUUGUUAUAAGAAAGUGCAAGCUAAAGCCAGUGAUCCUGAAUUGCGUAUACGUACAGUGUCCUUCUGUUGUGAUGGCUAUAAACGCAAUCCUCUGUCACCACAUUUAGUGAAAUGUGAUCCCGUUUGUAAUGAGGACUGCAGCUAUGGCAUCUGUUCAGCACCAGAUACUUGUGAAUGUUUCCCAGGCUAUGAACGUAAAGGUGGAAGAUGUGAAAGUAUUUACUAGAAAUUAAUAAAGAUGCAUAUUAUUUUAACAUAAAAA